AUGAGCUGCAUCAGUGAAGGUGCCGGAUUGGUCUCCAUUGAGGACUCAGACGAGCUAGAUUUCCUCGACACACUUCUAGCAAAAGGUGAAGAAGUGUUCGUGGGUAUGACAGACAUCGCAGAAGAGGGGCGAUGGGUGUGGAUGGAUGGAAGCCUCCCAAAGCUUGACCCGCUGUGGCAUGGUAAGCAUCCAGAUGGCGGUGAGAAGGAAAACUGUGGAGAGUACGUACAGAAACAUGGCUUCCACGACAUAAAGUGCGAUGACACCAGGCCUUAUGUCUGCAAAUACUCCUUACACGACAUGUGA